GUUUUUUUAGAGAAUGACCCUAAUGAAUCAAGAGGUCACCAUCAAUAACAACAAUACCAAGGACGACAACGAUAACAACAAUAGCAAUAAUACCAACUAUAAAGAAAUGGAAACACUAACAGAAGAGUUUGAUGAAAAAGUUAAUUUUAUACAUGAACCUUUAGAUGAUGAAGAUCAUAAUAAUAACAAAGAAGUGGAGAAUAUCUUUAGUCAAGUAAAUAAUCAUGAAGCCCGUAGACCUUCUCUUGCACCAAAUCAACUAGAUACCCAACAAGAGGAACAACAGAAACCAACUCAACAAACAGAAAUACCCUUUGAUUUUAAUCGAUUCUUGGAACAAAUGAAGAGUCGUAGUGCGAAACCGAUAACUCGAUAUUUUAAAAGUUUUCUACAAGCAUUCGAUCGUCGUCCAUGGACAGUGAAUGAACAAGUCAAGAUCAUUCAAGACUUUUUAGAUUUCAUCUAUGUGAAAAUGCGUGAAAAUGAGAUAUGGAAAGAUAUGUCAGAGCAAGAGUUCUUUAAUGCUAAAGAAGGCAUGGAAAAGUUGGUCAUGAAUAGAUUAUAUUAUGCUACAUUUUGUCCGAGCACAACAGACGAUAAAGAACGAGAUGAUCUUUUGUAUCAGAAAAUAAGUAUAUUCAGAUGGAUACGUGAAAGACAUUUGGAUAUACCAGAAACAGAACAUAACGAAGCCUUUUUGACAUUUGCUGAGUCUGAAUUGUUGAAGAUGAACAAUUACAAGGCACCAAGAGACAAACUGAUUUGUAUUCUCAAUUGUUGCAAAGUUAUAUUUGGCUUAAUAAAGCAUGUUGAAGGAGAGGGUGGAGCUGAUAAAUUUUUGCCGAUUUUGAUUUAUGUCAUCAUUAGAGCAAACCCUCCUCGGCUAGUUUCCAAUACACAGUAUAUUUAUCGAUUUAGAAGUAUAGACCAAUUACAAGCCGAGGCAGGGUACUAUUUAACCAACCUGAUGGGUGCUAUAGCGUUCAUCGAAACAAUGGAAGCAAAGUCAUUAUCUAUUACCAAGGAAGAAUUUGAUAGCAAUAUUGAACAAACGAUGAAUGAGUUAAAGAUGGAAAGACCUUCGAUUAGUCUUAAUAAGCAACAAGUCAGCUAUGAAAACGCGCUUCAUCCAUCUCGAUCAUCACCUCGCCUUCCAACCCAAGGCUUACUCGAUUCAUCCAAAGCUGUAGCAUUUUUAGAAAAAGGAAGCUUAUUAGCACAAAAAACUAUGCAAAGGCCACUAAGUUUUGUAGGCAAAAUUUUUCAGGGACUUACACCCACAGAAGAAUCAAGACCACCUCUUCCACCUCGACCGAUGACCGAUCAGGGACCUAUGCAAAGAGAACAAAAGGAACAAUUUGAACAAGACUUACAGACAUUACAGACCAUGUUUCCUAAUAUUGAUCCCAGUGUAUGUUGCUUAGUGCUAAAUGCCAAUCAUGGGGUCUUGGCUCAUUCUAUUGAAAAUCUAUUAGAGAUAUCAAAUCAACAACAUCAUCGAUAAAAAUAGUUUUUUAACUCAGUCGCAUAAAUAAACCAUGUGAAGGGAUAAAAGAAUAGUAAAAUAGAAAGAAAGUAAAAGAGAGAAAGAGAGAGAAAGACAGUGCUGAGCGUGGCUUUAACUUGACGUAAUAUAAAUUAUCC